AUGUCCGUCAAGCCGAUGGGACAAAGAACUUGGAGGAACGAGAAGAAGAAGACGCACCAAGCAUUAGCUAUAGAUGGCAAGCCAUCCAAUGACUACAACUCGCGCAAACGAAAGGAUAGGGAGACAUAUCCACCACUACCAUGCAAGGAUGAAGAAUUUCACGCCAUCCUUGACACGAUGAUUGUUGAUGGUGCAAUUAGACCUGUCAGACCCUACAAAAUUCCUACCCGAGAAGAGAAAAAUGAUCCUAGAUACUGCCGUUAUCAUCAAUUUGUAGGCCAUCCAACCACUGCUUGCCAGAGCUUAAGGAGGAUUUUACAUGCUAAAAUACAUGAGGGAGUCCUUGAGCUUCCCUCUAGGAAGCAAACCAUUGAUGAAGACCCCUUGCCAAAACGAAGGGGAAAAGAGGUAGCUGUUGUCAUUACCUAUUCCAAUGAUUUGCUCGAUGAUGAUGAAUUGUGCCACCCGUGGAGGGAUGACCCAAAGCCGCCGGAAGCUAAGUGGGAACCUUGCGGAAACAUGGAGAAAGCAUAUUGGUGUAAAUAUUCAAAGCCUUCAAGUUACAACACGUCGUGA